CCUUAUCUGAUCCCAGCUCCGGGUUUAAGAGUCCCGGCUCUGCCCGUCGCCCGGCUCGGUUCCUCAUUCCUGCCCGCCCCGUCCGUCCGUCUGUCCGUCCCGCUGCCCGUCCGAGGGGCCACUCCACCCCGGACCCAAGAUGACGUCAGUUGCCAAGGUGUAUUACAGUCAGACCACUCAGACAGAGAGCCGGCCCCUCAUGGGCCCAGGGGUCCGACGGCGGAGGGUCCUGACGAAAGACGGCCGCAGCAACGUAAGAAUGGAGCACAUCGCUGACAAGCGCUUCCUCUACCUCAAGGACCUGUGGACGACCUUCAUCGACAUGCAGUGGCGCUACAAGCUUCUGCUCUUCUCCGCCACCUUUGCAGGCACCUGGUUCCUCUUCGGCGUCGUGUGGUACCUGGUGGCUGUGGCCCACGGAGACCUGCUGGAGCUGGGGCCCCCGGCCAACCACACCCCCUGUGUGGUGCAGGUGCACACACUCACUGGGGCCUUCCUCUUCUCCCUCGAAUCCCAGACCACCAUUGGCUACGGCUUCCGCUACAUCAGCGAGGAGUGCCCGCUGGCCAUCGUGCUGCUCAUCGCCCAGCUAGUGCUCACCACCAUCCUGGAAAUCUUCAUCACGGGCACCUUCCUGGCGAAGAUCGCCCGGCCCAAAAAGCGGGCCGAGACCAUCCGCUUCAGCCAGCACGCCGUCGUGGCCGCCCACAACGGCAAGCCGUGCCUUAUGAUCCGAGUCGCCAACAUGCGCAAGAGCCUCCUGAUUGGCUGCCAGGUGACAGGCAAACUGCUCCAGACCCACCAGACCAAAGAGGGUGAGAACAUCCGGCUCAACCAGGUCAAUGUGACUUUCCAAGUAGACACUGCCUCGGACAGCCCCUUCCUCAUUCUGCCCCUUACAUUCUACCACGUGGUCGAUGAGACCAGUCCCUUGAAAGACCUCCCCCUUCGCAGCGGGGAGGGGGACUUCGAGCUGGUGCUGAUCCUCAGCGGGACCGUGGAAUCCACCAGCGCCACCUGCCAAGUGCGCACUUCCUACCUGCCGGAGGAGAUCCUCUGGGGCUACGAGUUCACACCCGCCAUCUCGCUGUCAGCCAGUGGCAAAUACAUAGCUGACUUCAGCCUUUUUGAUCAAGUGGUGAAAGUGGCUCCUCCUAGUGGCCUCCGUGACAGCACUGUACGCUACGGAGACCCCGAGAAGCUCAAGUUGGAGGAGUCGUUAAGGGAGCAAGCGGAGAAGGAGGGCAGCGCCCUAAGUGUGCGCAUCAGCAACGUCUGACAGCCUGGACCCCCACCUCCCCAUCUCUCUGGACUCUCCUCUUUGGGCACCCUGGGUGAGGGCUAUCACCCAGGCCUGCUGGAGAGCCCCAGAGGCACCCCGUUCUCCAUUCCCUCUGCUUUAACCUGUGGCCUGUGGGUAGGCUAGGCCAACUGGAGUCCGAGCUUCUUUCCAUCGUCCCCUUCACCCCACCCCACUUCUACCCAAGACACGCAACUCCCUAACGCCAGGGUGGGGGAAGGAGAGGGAAGAUUAGGCUGAAGCGGCUUAGAACGCAUCAGUCAUGCUUGGAGAUUCACAUUCGGAGGACCAUGCAGUUGGAUGGAUAGACUCCCCCCACCUCCCACCGCCAAUCCGUGAAGUUUGGAGGCUGGAGCCCCCACCCGCCUCUAAUUUCCCACCCAGCUAGUUCCCUGAGGCAAGACUCUAAUGGUCAUUUUGGAGUCUGUGCCCUCCGAAAUCUGGGAAUCUGGGUUCUCUACUGACCCCUAUUGAAAGGAGUCAGGGUUUCUCAUAGUGUAGUUAAUUUCUGCUGGCACCUUCUGAUGAGAACCCAGAACCUCGGUCACCCCCAUUUUCCUCCUCCUAUCUUCUCGAGUGGACCCUUUCUUAGGAUGCUCAGUUCUCUCACGAAGCCGCCUCUGCUCCCAGAGAAUAGAGGCUGACAUGCACCCAUCCUCGAGUGCCGAGCGACUGAUGCAGGCCCUAGUCCAAAACCUUGACCCUGUCCUCCAGGCAGCCCUGAGAGGAUUCGUCUCCCUGUGACCCGUGGAUGGGAUGGCCCUUGCCACUGUGUUCCCAGGCCCCAUGGGAAGGUCUGGAAAUGGUGUUCCAGGCACUUACAGGGCACAGCUUCCCCAGGAAAGUGAUGUUAUCCCUACCAUGCCGGAUGAGUAAAUUCUCAGAUCUCGACUGCUGUGUGGAGCCUCUGGGGAUUGGGGGUCCUUCAUUAGGGUUUGGGCCGGGGCAGAAGUCUGGCCCACAGACACCAUUCUCCCUUGUCACCUCUGUCACCCUUCUGCAAAGCGCCAGCUAUUGCAUUGGGCAAUGCUGGCAAGAAGGGAGACCCCACCUCCUAAUCCAACAUCCGGGGUCUCCCUUAGCCAUUCCUGAGAGUUGGGGCAAAGUGGGCACCGGGCCCGUCUCCCCUCUCCUCUGCCGUGAAGAGGAAGAAGUUAAAGGGCAUACUUUAGGUCGAUGUCGGGCCAGUCCUUGUUCCCUGGCGGGGACUGUGGGAGGGGCCAAGAAGGGCAUUUGGGCACCAGAACUUUCUCUAAAGCCCGGAAUUCUGGAAUUCCGAGUGCCUCCUGAUCUCACUUAGGUACCAGGAGGCCCCUGCGGGGGGGCUUGGCGUAGAGCCCUUGUGUGAAUCAAGUGGCAGUUUGUUAAGGUUGACUGAGCCAACCGCUCCGAGCUCCACACUAGCACAGGCCGUGUCCGCGCGUCUGCGUGCGGAGCUUUACGUAGAAACACACGGUUCUGAGGCUGGAGCUGUGGUCACCGCCCACUACGACGGCACAAGACCCUCUUCUAUGCAUCUCUCCUUGAAUUCCACUAACUCCACCUUGAAAAUGAAGACCCACCAUUCUUCCCCAACCCCAAACCCCCGCCAACGCUCCCUAGCUCUCCGGAAAAUGAGAGCCAGAAAAACUUGAAAAUCUGACACAGAGACCAGAAGGCAAAGGGCUGAUUUCUGGGCUCUUGACUUUAUUCAACGUUAGACUUACCUGACUUCUUUCCAUGUGUAAGGGCCCAAAUUACUGAAGUGUGUGUGUGUGUGUGUGUGCGUGCGCGCGCGCAUGUGUGUGUGUGUGUGUGUGUGUGCGCGCCUACCUUCUCCGUCACCAAGCCAUCCUCCACUACUUCCUUCUGUGCAUGGCUGUGUCCCUCCUGAGGAAAUCCUCUCUCCCGAGGCCCCCGCUGUCUAUUCCAGGCCCCCAGACUCUGCUCAGAUUCCCGCAUAACAGAAUAAGGACAUUUUCUGACUUAACCUUUUCGAUUCUCCUCCAGAACCCCAGACUUUGCUCUAAGCUGCACUUUAAAUCAUACUGUUCUUUUAACACAACCUGGCUUCCUCUCCCGUCGGCCUCCCCGGGGAACAAACACUCCCUCAACCCUAACCGGCUCUUUGUACUCCAGCCUCUUCCUUGGAGCUGAGAUCCUUUUUCCGGCUAUCGGACAAGCUUUAGAAGCAGCCAGGUCUGGUGAGAAAUGGGCCCCCAGAACCACGGCGACCGUGGACUUGGGGUGUCAGGAGAGCACUAAGCGCCCCUGUUAGCCCAGAGAUUCCAGAGGCCAAGACAAGGGGAGGGCACUCAGGGUGUGACCAAGACAGGGGGUGGUGCUGACGAGGGAACUCGUGAAGCCGAGCCUCCCUUGUACUAGAGUCACGGUGGAGGCUUGGGAAGUAGCACAUGGUACAAACGGGAGGUUUACCUAAGGAGAAAGAGACAGAGAUAAUAUAUAUGUAGAGAGACGUAUGUAUAUAGAUGCUUAUAGGACCAAAUAUACUGAAUGUACAGAGAGGAGAUCUUAGCGCUGGGGCGCUUAUGUUGCUCCGGCUUGGGGGUAGGGCUCCCCGCAUUUCCCGACUUCUGACCAGCGAUCCUGGUCUCCGAUCCUGGUCCCCAUAUGCAAGCGCGACAGCCAGGGUCCCCGAUCCUGGUCCCCGUAUGCAAGCGCGACAGCGGAUGAGGCCUUCGGGUGUGAUGACGGGAGAGAGAGGCGUGGGAGCCGCUCUUCAGAAGUGCAGAGACGCCCAUGAGGCUGCUACCCUGCGUGCUGAGGCCCGGGAGGAGGGGACGGGGGACACGCAGGAGGGCGCUCCCAGCCGGCACCUAGAGUCCACUUUGGCUGCGCGCUCGCCCCAGCAGUGUCCUGUCACUGUAGCACUUUUUUUUUGGUUUUAAAAUAAAAGCACCUUCUGUUUGCUGGUC